AUGUCGGAAAAUCUAGCAAUUGUCCGCAGCAGACUCAACCGCCCUCUCACCUAUGCUGAGAAAGUUCUCUAUUCACACUUGGAUGACCCGCACGGGCAAGAUAUCGAGCGUGGAGUUUCCUACCUCAAACUCAGACCUGAUCGAGUCGCUUGUCAAGAUGCUACCGCGCAGAUGGCCAUCCUGCAAUUCAUGUCCGCUGGCAUGCCCUCAGUCGCUACACCGACCACUGUCCAUUGCGAUCAUCUGAUUGAGGCCCAGGUUGGUGGGGACAAGGAUUUGGAAAGAGCCAAGGACAUCAACAAAGAGGUCUACGAUUUCUUGUCCACGGCUUGUGCGAAAUACAACAUCGGCUUCUGGCGUCCUGGCUCGGGCAUAAUACACCAAAUAAUUUUGGAAAAUUAUGCAUUUCCUGGUGGUUUGAUGAUCGGAACCGACUCCCAUACCCCCAAUGCUGGUGGUCUUGGUAUGGCUGCGAUUGGCGUGGGUGGUGCCGAUGCUGUCGACGUGAUGGCCAACCUGCCUUGGGAAUUGAAGGCACCCAAGAUGAUUGGUGUCAAGUUGACAGGUGAAAUGUCUGGAUGGACUUCUCCGAAGGAUAUCAUCUUAAAGGUCGCGGGCAUCUUGACAGUCAAAGGUGGCACGGGGGCAAUUGUUGAAUAUCAUGGUCCGGGCACCAAUAACCUCUCCUGCACCGGCAUGGGUACUAUAUGCAACAUGGGUGCCGAGAUCGGAGCAACUACGUCCAUAUUCCCUUUCAACGACCGCAUGUAUGAUUACUUGGUUGCCACCAAGCGCAAGCACAUUGGCGACUUCGCGCGUGCAUAUGCUGCUGAGCUUCACGAAGAUCAGGGUGCCGAGUACGAUCAGCUCAUUGAGAUCAAUCUUUCCGAACUUGAACCUCACAUCAACGGCCCCUUCACGCCAGAUUUGGCCACUCCCAUCUCCAAGUUCGCACAAGCAGUCAAGGAUAACAAGUGGCCUGAGGAGUUGAAGGUUGGACUGAUCGGCUCCUGCACAAACUCCUCGUAUGAGGACAUGAGCCGGGCUGCAUCAAUCGCUCAGGAUGCUAUGGACCACGGCAUCAAAGCUAAAUCUCUGUUCACUGUCACGCCUGGUUCCGAACAAAUUCGUGCCACCAUCGAGAGAGAUGGUCAAUUGAAGACUCUUGAGGACUUUGGGGGCAUCAUCCUCGCAAACGCCUGCGGUCCUUGCAUUGGUCAGUGGGAUCGACGAGAUGUCAAGAAGGGCGAGCCCAACUCGAUCAUCUCUUCGUACAACCGAAACUUCACCGGCCGGAACGACGCAAACCCUGCUACCCACUCAUUCGUCACGUCCCCAGACUUGGUGGUGGCCAUGACCAUUGCAGGAAAUCUCAACUUCAACCCUCUCACGGACACACUGAAGGACAAGGAUGGCAACGACUUCAAGCUCAAGCCACCUACUGGUGAGGGUCUGCCCCGCAACGGAUACGACCCGGGCCGUGACACGUAUCAAGCCCCGCCUGAGGAGCGUGCGCAAAUGGAUGUGAAGGUGUCUCCUACUUCCGACCGUCUCCAGAUCCUGGAACCUUUUGAGCCGUGGAAUGGUAAGGAUUUCCUCGACCUUCCUAUCCUGAUCAAGACCAAGGGCAAGACAACGACCGAUCACAUCUCCAUGGCCGGUCCCUGGUUGAAGUAUCGCGGUCACCUUGACAACAUCUCCAACAAUAUGCUGAUUGGCGCCAUCAAUGCUGCCAACGGUGAGGCCAAUAAGGUCAAGAACUUCAAGACAGGCGAAUGGGAUGCGGUUCCUGCCACUGCUCGACAAUACAAGAAGGAACGCAUUCCGUGGGUAGUGAUCGGCGACUGGAAUUACGGCGAAGGCUCCUCUCGUGAGCAUGCUGCCCUUGAACCCAGACAUCUUGGAGGUAUUGCCAUCAUCACCCGAAGCUUUGCUCGUAUCCACGAGACCAACUUGAAGAAGCAGGGCAUGCUGCCCCUGACCUUCGCUAACCCCGAAGAUUACGACAAGAUCAACCCUGACGACAAAAUCGACUUGUUGAUCACUGACUUGGCACCCGGCAAGCCGGUGACUAUGAGAGUGCACCCCAAGGAUGGCAAGGCCUGGGACUGCGAGUUGCAACACACAUUCAACGCUGGUCAAAUCGAAUGGUUCAAGAAUGGUAGUGCCUUGAACACCAUGGCUAAAAUGCACGGCAGCCGUUAG